AUGCAUUAUUGCCUUUUUUUUUUUUUUGCUUUUUAUCUCAAUUUUGUCUCUUUAUCUAACUAUCUCCCUUUCUCUCACUCGAUCGCGCGCUUUUUUCACUCAGUGCGCCUCGUUUUGUUUCUACUAAAAUCAAUUUCUUUCUUUCUUUCUUUUUUUCAUGUCACCUUAUUUAUUCACUCUAUUACUGUCAAAUUGAAAUUUCUUUCUUUCUUUUCUUCUUUCUUCCAAAGCACAUUUUUUCUUCCUUCUCUUUAUAAUGGAGUCCUUACAAAACUACUACAUUUCAUUCUUUCUUACAUUCUUUUCUUUCUUUCUUUCUUUCUUUCUUUCUUUUCUGCUUUUCUUUCUUCAAAACCACAUUUUACUUCAUUUCCUUCUUUCUUUCUUUCUUUCUUUCAAACCACAUUUUUAUUCCUUCUGUAUAUAAUCGAGGGUCCUUAUAAAACUACUACAUUUUCUUUCUUUCUUUCUUUAUAUAUUUAUUUAUUUAUUUAUUAUUUCUUUCUUUCUCCCUUACUUCAUUUCCUUCUUUCUUUCUUUCUUUCUUUCUUUCAAACCACAUUUUUAUUCCUUCUGUAUAUAAUCGAGAGUCCUUAUAAAACUACUACAUUUUCUUUCUUUCUUUCUUUCUUUCUUACAUUACUUCAUUUCCUUCUUUCUUUCUUUCUUACAUGUAACCUUUUUAUUUCAUCUCUUCCAGUACAAGUGAGUGUUUUCUUUCUUUCUUUUUUAUAUCUCUUUUAUUCCCUCCUGCUUAACCAUUUUUCCUCCCUCUCUUUCUGUACAAUUCAGAAUCGUUCGUUUAUUCGUUCCUAUAUUCCUUCCUAUUCAAAUGUAACCUCUCGCAUCUAA